CUUCAUCGUUAAAUUAUCUCAGCAAAUCAGAAUCCGAUCUAAAGGUGGCCCGCACGACAAGGACCUUUUCCGCAAUACAUUUCCGUUUUUUAUCUGGCUUCUGAGAGAUGUUUCCAAUACUCUUCCUCCAGAUUGUAAAGAUUUGAACCAGUUCUUGGCAAAGAGGGUCUUCAAAGAAUCGUCAGCGACAACAAGCGACGAGAGAGAACGACAGAAAGCCACGGAGAGCAUUUUGCAGCUUUUUGCAGGAUUUGAUGCCUUCGCUCUUCCUAUACCCACUCAAGACUCAGAGGUAUUGGAAGAUAUUGGUAAUUCAAGGGAAAAGCUGAGCGAAAAAUUCCUCCAAGGCUUAAAAGAAUUUGAAGUUCUCUUGAAAUCGAAACUUGCUCCCAAGCGAAGCGUCAACAAGGGAGAGAGAAUAACAGGGAAAGCCCUGGGAGCUCUGGUUAAGUUGUACACAGACGCGUUAAACGACCCUGAUGCUAUCCCAAAUGUUGAAGCGGCUUGGGAUACCUAUGUCAAGAAAACGUGCUCAGAAGCGAAGACACACGCACUGGGUACUUAUGAUCAAAAUAUGACUCAAGUAAUGACAUCGAUAUUUCCAUGUGAAGUUCAAGAGCUUCUCAAGCGUCAUGAAUAUUAUCAGCGGAGGUGUAUGAAGGUAUUUGAAAAGGAAAUGGCCGAGUUUACUUCGACAUGCAUCGACGAGGAUUUCAAUGAACUCUUGGAAAAUACCGAUCAGCGAAUGAAGGCAUGGAAGACCAAAAAUGCCUCAUGCACUCGCCAGGCGUGCGAAGAACUUUUGCGUGGGCUCAAGGCCAGCUAUGUAGAUCCAAUACUUAAACGCGUGCGAAACAGCCGACUUGGUGAAGAGGUGAAAUAUGGUGAUAUCAUGGAUAAAUGUAACGCUGUUACAAACAAGUUUCAAAAGAAGGCUACCGGCGCGAAAUAUGUUAGGGCCGAUGUAUUCUUCAAGUUUACUGAGGAAUUGCUGGAAGAGGUUUCGAGGCACGGAGAAAUUCUUUCGAAAAUGAGGGACUAUAAUGAAGACCUUGCCAAGGACAAAAUGGUAAAAGCCUAUCAAGAAAGAAUGAAAAUGAAACUACAAGAGGAUAUCAAUCAGAUGAAAAAGAAAGAGAAGGCAUGGGAAAGGAAGGUGACAAUGCUUCAGGAGAAGCAGCAAACUGAAAUUGAAAACGUAAGAGAGCAAGCUAAAGCAGAGAAAAAGUCGCUUGAAAGAAACUUAGAAAUCAUGAAAGAUGCAAACAUGACAGUACAAAAGCAGUUCCAAGCACAAGUGAACGCUGCUGCUGAGAGAGAGCGACAAGCCAACCAGGCUUUGAAAGAUUUACGACAGCAGUGCCGUAGUGAAAAAAGGAAGGCACAAGAGCAAAAAGAGGGUCUUCGCAAAGAAAUGCAAACUUUGGCGGAGGGAAAUGAAAAGGCUCAAGCGCAGCUAAAACAGCAGCUCGAGGCUCAUAAUUCAAGAGUGAAGCAAAAUAGCGAUAUGAUAAGAGAUUUACAGGACCAACUCACAAAUAGUGAGAAGGAGUUAUCUUCCCUUAGUAGGCAGAAAGAAUCAUUACAGGCCCAGCUGAAGGAAGCUACUAAACCAGGGUUUUUUCGAUGGAUAAAGAAAUCACUUUUCGGCUGAGACAGAAAAGGCGGGGGCAAAGGAAGCCUUUCUGUAGGGAAGACAGUUUCUUAGCGAUUAUUUCUCCCUUAUAGAUUCUUAAGCGUCUAUUUAGAUGGUGUAGGAAGUGUAAUAAGGCAGCUUUGGAUCACCCAUCCAUAUAAUGCUGUGUGCUACAAACAUGAUAUUGAACGAAAACUUCGAUCCUUUAUCGGGGCUUCGGUUGACGAAUGUUAGAUUUAUGCUGGUUUCAGUUUUAUGAGAAGUAUCGCUAACACAUGACAAACAGUGCGUGCUACUGAAAUGUCAGGAUUGAUUCUUCGUAAGAUAUAUUCAUACCUACCUUUUUAGCCUAAUUUAGUGCUAAGGGAUCGAUGGAAGAAAAAAUUAGUGAGUGUGGCACAUGCCGAUUAGCUCCGUGACAGCAAGGAAACUUCUAAAAUUCUACUUUAGAAAGGUAAAUUGCAGCUAUAUGCUCAUUUAAUACAUCACAGGCUAAGUCAUCCGCUGAUUGUGUUAUCAGCUUUGUUUUGAAAUGGCUGUUACGACUCUUAAUUUUGAUUAGCUUCUCGGAAUAAUGCUUUAUUAGAGGUUGUAACAGACUAGAGUGAAAUAAACGGGCUUUAAAACAUGA